CCGCUCCUCGGCUCCUCCUCGCCUCAGGCCACACCCACCACCUUCCUUAACAAGGAGUGCAGUCCGACAACGCCACCACCGGAGAUAAUCCCCCCUUCACCCGUUGCUCCCAGCAACAAAACUUUUGUAUCUAAGGGGGGCACCGAAGAAAGUGGGAAUCCCAAUGCCAAGACCUUCACUUUCCGGGAGCUAGCCAGUGCAACAAAGAACUUCCGGCAAGAAUACCUCACUGAUGAAGGUGGAUUUGGAAAAGUGUUUAAAGGAACACUUCAAAAUGAGAAGGUUGUGACCGUCAAACGACUAGAUAGAACAGGGGCACGUGACAGCAAGGACUUCUCAGUGGAAGUGCUGGUGUUAACCCUUCUACACCACCCUAAUCUUUUAAACCUUAUUGGAUAUUGCGCUGAUGGUGAACAGAGACUUUUGGUCUAUGAAUACAUGCCUAUGGGUUGUCUUCAAGACCAUCUUUUUGACCUAACAGAGGAUAAAGAACCACUAAAUUGGCUCACCAGGAUGAAAAUAGCUUCUGGAGUUGCCCAAGGACUAGAAUAUUUACAUGAGAAGGCCAACCCUCCCAUCAUAUAUAGAGAUUUGAAAUCAUCGACUAUUUUGUUGGACCAAGAUUUUAAUCCAAAGCUUUCUGAUUAUGGUCUUGCUAAGCUUGAGGGCAGAGGGAGUAAUACACUUUUGACACCAGGGGUCAUGGGAACCGGCUAUUGUGCGCCAGAGUAUGAAAGGACAGGUGAACUCACAUUGAAGUCUGAUGUUUACAGCUUCGGAGUUGUUCUGGUUGAGCUUAUAUCAGGCCGCAGAGCUGUGGAUCCUGCAAGACCAUUAGAUCAACAAAACCUAGUGGAGUGGGCACGGCCAAUUUUCAGAGAUCCAAAGAGAUUCCCAGAAAUGGCAGACCCAUUACUGAAGAAGGCAUUUCCAAUGACAAGUUUGAACCAAGCAGUUGGUGUUGCCGCCAUGUGUCUUCAAGAAGAGGCCUCAGUUCGCCCCUUGUUUGGUGACGUCGUCGCAGCUCUCAGUUUCCUAGGGGUGGCCUCAACGGACGAACCACCCGUUCCCACUGCCCAGCUAAAGGAUACAGUAGGACCACCACCGGAUGAUCCAGAGAGAGACGCAUCGGACAGCGACAGUGACAACCAAAGCAGUGACAGUAGUUCUUCUUCCUCAUCAGAUCACAGUGACAAUGAAGACGAAGGAGAAGAUACAGAGCUCCAAAGAGCUAAAUCUCCAAGGAUAACUAACACGAGAUCAAGUAGCAUCAGAAGCAAUACAUCAUCAUCAUCAUCGGAUGAUGAUGAUAACGACAAAAAUGACUAUUUUAUCUCAAGGCGGACGAGCAAUUCUGAAAAAUCUUCGCAUGAGACCGAUUCGAUCGACUUCAGAAAUGACAGAAUCUCAUACACAGACGAAGCCGGCGGCGAUCUGAGCAGUAAUGAAGAUUUGAGCUCAAGGCUGAUGGUCGAUUUCGACAAAGCUCCACAGGAGAGCGAUUCGAUCAACUUGAGAACUGACAGAAUCUCAGAUCCCGAUGAAGACGGCGGCGAUCUGAGCUUCUGUUACAGCGUUAGUGCUAGCGAAAAUCUGAGAUCCAACAGCAGCAUCAGGGAAUCAGCCGAUGAAGAAGAUCCUAUGAAGGAGAGCAUUAUGAAGCCUGAGAAUCGGAGUUUUGGCUCAUACUCGAUGAGCAGCGACGAAGGAUCCGACGAAGAAGAGAGAUCUCGGCGAUGAAAAGAUUCAUCCAUAUUUCUUGAAUUUUGUUCGCCAUCAAAAACAUGCAUGUUUCCAUUUUUGGGAAAAACUUUCCGGCGUGAAUUAUACUCCAUUUUUAAAUCUCUUCAUUUCCCCCUCUACCAAAAAAACUGUACAUUUUGAUGCUUAAUUACCAAAAGAACUCCUCUCCUUUUACUCCGUAUAAAACUUUUCCCCUUUC